GUUCGUAUUAAUUCCACAUGAUCCAGUUUUUUUGUUUGUUUCUUUGUUUGUUUGUUUUUUUUUUUUCGAUCCUGCUGUUUUGUCCGUCACAAAAUCCUAUUCAUAAUAUAGAGUCUGGCUCCAAAUUCAGCCCUGUAACCGUGAGCAUCAGUAGCUUCGGUUGAGUGGCGCUGAACCGUAGACUGUAAAUAUCAAUGCGCGGAACCCUGCCCAUCUCAGGUGCGCUGCAAUCAGAGGCCGCGGAAAGAUGUCUGACUGGGAAGAUGAAUACAACGAACAUGGCGUUGCAAUUCACAAAAACAGGACUAAACCGGCUCCUGCUACGUGGGAUGUUCCACACAAAGGUCGGGAAAGGGAAAACAUUUCUUUUGGCUUUAAAAGUGGCAGGAGAUUUGUUACCCCGAGCGAUGGACGGUCUGAAAGCUACAUUCAUAGUGAUUCCCAAGAGCAAAGGUGGAGAAGUGAGGGGCCUCCGAGGCACGGCCGGGACCAUGGAGCUCCUUCUCGGCGACCGUUCAGAGACGGAGCGGAGUCCAGGACCGUCACUAUUAAUGUGGAUAAUGCUUUGGUCGGCAGAGUCAUCGGACGAGGAGGGAGCAAGAUCCAUGAACUUGAGGAGCGCUCUGGUGCUAGAAUCAAGAUCAAUAAAGGAGACUAUGAAGGUGAAGUGUCCAUAUUUGGCCCUCCCUCUGCCCAACAAAAAGCCAAGGAAAUGAUUGAAGAACUUGUGUCAGAUGGCUUUUCACAGAGGCGCGAUGGAAAUGACUAUGGUGGUGAAGGAGGAGAUGGCUCUGUUUGGUCAAGUUCCCAGUUGAAGUCUGCAGAAGUGGCCCCACCCCGACCACAGAUUGACUGGAACUCCAUUAGAGAAAACAAGGAUAAGUUUGAGGAACUGAAGUGGGAGGGCCUGCCACCAUUAAAAAAAUACUUUUACAAAGAGUGCAAAAGUGUAUCCAUGCUGACAGCUGAAGAAGUCAGCGAGUGGAGGAAGGGCAACAACAAUAUUUUUGUAGAUGAUCUAAAGGAGGAAGGAGAAAAACGUCAGAUUCUUAAUCCCUGCCGUACAUUCCUUGAGGCUUUUGAGCAUUAUCCAGAAAUUAUGGAGAACAUUGAGCGUGUUGGCUUUGUUAAACCGACCCCUAUACAGUCACAGGCAUGGCCUGUGUUGCUAUCUGGAGAAGACCUCAUAGCCAUUGCACAGACAGGAACGGGGAAGACACUGGCAUACCUGCUGCCUGGAUUUAUUCAUAUGGAUGGACAGCCUGUUCCUAAAUCUGAGAGAGGAGGCCCAGGUAUGUUGGUUUUGACUCCCACGAGAGAGUUGGCAUUACAGAUUGAGGCAGAAUGUGGCAAGUAUCAAUACAAGGACUACAAGAGUAUCUGCAUUUAUGGAGGAGGGGACAGACGGGGUCAGAUCAACAUGGUCAAAGCCGGAGUGGAUAUUGUGAUUGCCACACCAGGUCGACUCAAUGAUCUACAAAUGAAUGAACUCAUCAAUCUACGCUCCAUCACUUAUUUGGUUCUUGAUGAAGCAGACCGAAUGUUGGACAUGGGUUUUGAACCACAGAUUAUGAAGAUUAUCCUAGACAUCAGGCCAGAUCGACAGACUGUUAUGACAAGUGCCACCUGGCCCUCUGGAGUUCGACGACUGGCCAAAUCUUAUCUGAAAAAUCCCAUGAUGGUUUAUGUGGGCACACUGGACUUGGCAGCCGUCAACACUGUGAAGCAGAACAUUGUUGUUCUUGCUGAAGAUGAGAAGAAGGCUUUCCUGUUAGAUUUUAUCAGAGACAUGAAGCCAGAUGAUAAAGUCAUUAUUUUCGUUGGCAAAAAGAUCAUUGCAGAUGAUCUGUCGAGUGACAUGUGUCUGAAGGGUCUUGCAGUUCAGAGUCUCCAUGGUGACCGUGAGCAGUGUGACCGUGAAGAGGCACUCAAGGAUUUUAAAAACAGCAGAGUUCGUAUCCUCGUGGCCACUGACCUUGCAUCGCGUGGGUUGGAUGUAACAGACAUCACACAUGUCUUCAACUUUGACUUUCCUCGAAACAUAGAGGAGUAUGUUCAUCGCGUGGGCCGCACAGGCAGAGCUGGGCGGUCAGGUACUGCUGUUACCUUGGUGACCAGAGACAACUGGAGGAUGGCCCCAGAGUUGAUUCACAUUCUCGAGCGAGCUGGGCAGGAGGUCCCUACAGAAUUGGUGCUGAUGGCUGAAAGGUAUGAGAAGCACAAGCGAGAGAGGGAGAUGUUUCCACGAGAGGGACGUGGAGGAGGAAGAGGAGUAGCAGGUGGAGGAAGACGGGGGGGCUGGAGAGACAGAGGAGAGAGGAGAGAUGGAGGUCGCAGAGAUCGGGAACCAAACUGGGGAUUCUGAUUCAUUUUUUUAUACUACAAUUUGCAUUGUUUUAUGUUUGACA